AUGACUUCUUUAAAAUUAUUGAAUACAUAUCCAAAAUGCUCUGGUUUGCUGUCACAAAAUCUUCCAGCAGUAUGUAAGCGGGAAAUCUACCAUUUUGGUCCUUCUUUUACACAUAAACCACAGUCUUACAAGGAGAAGAGACUCGUAGGUUAUUCACCAGAGAAUAUGUUUGAUAUUGCCAUCGAUGUUGGUCGUUAUUCAGAGUUUGUACCUUGGUGUAAUCACUCAAAUAUUGUUGAACGAGGUGAAAGUAGUAUGUUAGUUCGUUUGGGUGUCGGAUUCCCUCCACUCAGUGAAUCAUAUAUGUCCCGAAUAACUUUUGAACGACCUAAACAUUUAAAGUCUGUGGCGCAAAAUGUUCGAAUGUUUCAUCAUUUAAUUAAUGAAUGGCGUUUCCUACCUGGACUCCCAGACAAUCCCCUUUCGUGUAAUAUUGAGUUUUCUGUGGAUUUUGAAUUUCGUUCUCCACUUUAUUCAAAAAUUGCUGCCUUAUUUUUUGAUCAAGUUGUCAGCGUGAUGCCUUCGUUAAACUCAAAUCUUUGCGUUUUAACACAAAAAAUUGGACGUCUUCUACUGAUUGGUUUAAAUCGACCAGAUAAAGGGAAUUGUAUCAAUCGGGAGACUGUAGCUGCAUUGAACAAUGUUAUUCAUAAUCAAUUUGAAAAAGAUAAUGAUAUAAUCGGUGGUGUAUUAUACGGUGAAGGUAAAGAUUUCUGUUUGGGUUUGGAUAUUGAAGAAUUAAUGGAUUAUAUUAAACAAAAUCCAAAUUAUGAUAACGCGAAGAUAAAUCAAAUGUAUUCGUGUUUAUCUACAGAUCCUAAUAAAAUCACCUUGACCAGUAAACCUCUUGUUGCAGCAAUCACUGGUAAGGCUGUCGGUGGAGGUUUAGAAUUAGCAUUAGCCUGUGAUCUACGUGUAGCAGAAGUGGAUUCUGUUCUUAGCUUACAUAAAAGAAAACAUUCUAUCGGCGUUGCAGUGAAAAUGAUUGACUCCAUAACUCGUCUGCCAGGAUUAUCGGCCUUACUGUCUGAUCGGUCGAAUUUGCUGAGAGCCAGCUGUCCCUCUUAUUCAGACAAUUCAAAAUUAGCUGAAUUAGAAUAUAAUGAAGCAUUGAAUGCUUUACGAAAAGAAGGAGUUAAAGUAUUUCGAGAAAAACCUUCGAAUGAAGAAAAUGGGAUGGACUUUAUCAAUACAAAAUCGUCGACAUAA